CUAAAUAUAUUUACAUUAGCGACGACAUUAUUCCUUUUCGUCGCGCUAUCCUUUAUUUGGGUGUUGCCGAUAAGUGCCCAAGUAGUUAAUUUAAUGUAACUGUUUGUAAGAGCAUGUGCGAGAUCCUGAAGGAAGAGCUGUUUCUUACAAAGCAACACUUCACCUCGCUGUAUUUACCAGCUGGACAACGAGAAAACUAUGGAACAGUUACAGGCGAAACUGCACUUGCAGGCAAAAUUGUCGGUUUGUUUUUUUCAGCUGCAUGGUGUCCUCCUUGCCUACAUUUCCUGCCCUUGCUUCGAGACGUAUAUGACCAACUUAAAGCGAGAGACAGUCCUUUUGAGAUUGUGUUCUUCAGCCUAGACAAAAACAAAGAAGAGAUGAUGGAGUACUAUAAAGAGAAACACGGAAACUGGUUAGCUGCAAAAUACGACGAUCCUCUGAAACAAGGUUUCCUAGAGAAAUACAAGAUCAGCAUCAUUCCAAAACUAAUCAUUAUUCGACCAGAUGGCGAGGUGAUCUCAAACAAAGGUCGUAAAGACAUUCAAGACAAAGGGCUUAUUGCCUUCCGCAGCUGGCAAUCAGCAAUGUUAGCAGCAGUGAAGAAGCUGGAUCAACAGCAGCAGUUAUCAAAUGAAGCAGAAGAGGAAAUGCAUUGAAUGACUGAGCGAAAUUUCUUGAUUGAGAGAAGUUAAAUGUGAUAUUUUAUAAAAAGGUUAUAGCUUAUACACAUUAAUCAAAAAUGUAUACUGCUGCAUUAUUUUAGAUUUUUAUUUUAUAGGGGGAGUGAAAGAGAUUGUGGUAUUUGGUGCUUGUAGAUUAAAUCCCUGUUUAUUGGUUUUACAAAAUAAAACAAGCACUGUAAAUCUGGAAGCUAAAGAUAGAGUGACCUUAGAAAUUGAGAUUUUUUUGCUUCUUGGUAGAACUGGGGAGCUUGCUUUUUCUAGAUCAAAAUCUCUUUCAAAGAUUAGACACUUAAUACAGUAAAGUACUUUUAAGCUGGUCUGGCAUGUCAUCAAUCAUAAAGGGCUUCAAGGGCAGUGCAACCAUUAAUUUGUAUUAAUACCUUCUGAAAGAGACCAAGGAAAUGGGUUGGUGGUUUUAGAUGGCAUUUUAUUUUACUUAAUAAGCAAACUUUGCAAUUGAUGAAGAAAAGGCAACUACCAUUUAUUUAUAACUGGUCACUGGUGUUUUAGUCAUGAUGCAGCAAUGAAAUAAAAUUCCUUUCUCUCUCAUAUUCGCCACUCACCCAACACUCAGUCAGUUCAAAACACAUCUGUGAUUACUGCUAAAUAGUCCACUUUCUGCUGCUAAUCCGUUUUCUCCUCUUUUCUAUCUCUUGAAUACUUUGUCCAGCUGAUGUCCCUUUGUUGAGGGUUUUUAGCUGAAAUCUUCAUUACGGUUACCUUUCUUUUCUUUUGUGUUCAACCUCAUUGAUGCAUUAUUCCAUUCCUUCACAUCUACCUAGUUUUUGUGUCAAGCACUGAAAGCAUGCUCCUGACAGUAUUAUUUAGAAUUUUUAAAAAAUGUUAAUUACUCCAUUCAGCUAGUUUCAAGUACAAGUCAUUGACUACAAGUGUAAUAUAUUUGAGGAUCAUUUACAAGGCAUGAAGAUUUUAUUAAAACAACAAAUAAAGUUCAUUAUCAGACUCCAAACAAUUCUUUUAAUGAAUGAGCUUAGCUUUUCAGGAGAUACUAACACUCUUUGCUUGUGCUAUGACAAGCCCUUGCAAGCAAUUAUUUUUGCAUUAGGUACAAGUUGAAUAGCAAUGUUUUAUUAUCUUUUUGUG